AAUGCUAUAUAAGAUGAUCGCACUGCGUGCAAACUUAGUCAUUCUCUUGGCACCUCUGAAGAUACAACUCAAUUGACAGUGAAUUUAUUUAAAUUUUCAUUUUAUUACAAUUAUUUAACUUUCUCAGUACUGAGAGGAAUUUUAUUGUUUUACUAUUUGUAACCAGUUGGGCAGGUAAUGGAUAUCAAGGUCAUCACGUGUGUUGUUUUGGUCCUCGUGAGUAUGAGUGACGUUAGUGGAAUUGAAAAACGAUCAUUAUAUAGUAGUGAACUUCGCGUGCCAUUGACGGAUCUUAUCAGCGGCAAGUUUCGGUAUCACGAAUCAAGGAUAUGGAAAAGGGAAGCACUUGGUGGUGAUGUUAAAACAAAAAAAACUAUUAAAUCUAAUGAAGCAAUACCUGACUAUGACUCUGCUUUGGAUCCUAUUGAGCCUUCUCCACCGGAUGCUGAUGAUAAUUCUGAUCCUGAUCCUGAACCUGAUAGUGAUCCUCCUCCACCACCUGCUACGACCGCUAAACCUAAGCCUGCGACCAAAGCACCGACUAAAAAUACCCCUAAAAAUCCUGGUGUUAAGACACCGCCUAAACGACCUAAUCCUGCUGGCAAAAGUCCACCGACAAAAGCUAAAGUUAUUCCUACUACGCCAAAACCGACGCCGACUCCUGAUCCUAAUUCUUUGAAUAAUGUUGAUGAGCCUGAUGAAAAUAAACCUGAUGAGUCGCCUGAUGAACCUGAGAAGCCUGAUGAGACUAAAAAUACGAAUAAAGAAAAUGAAAGGCCUGAGUCGAUGAAUAGUAAAAAAAAUCCUAGAGAUCAAAAGAAACCUAAAGAACCUGAAAAUGACGAUAAUAACCCUGAGAAUCCAACGGACGAAAAUGAAGAACCGAAGGAAGCUGAAAAUCCUGAUAAGGAAAAUGAAAAUCCUGAAAAUGAAAACGAAACUCCUGAGGAAGAAAAUGAAAAUUCUGAGGUAGAAAACGAGAAUCCUGAAGAAGAAAAUGAAAAUCCUGAGGUAGAAAAUGAAAAUCCUGAAGAAGAAAACGAGAAUCCUGAAGAAGAAAAUGAAAAUCCUGAGGUAGAAAAUGAAAAUCCUGAGGUAGAAAACGAAAAUCCUGAGGUAGAAGACGAGAAUCCUGAAGAAGAAAACGAAAACCCUGAAGAAGAAAAUGAAAAUCCUGAAGAAGAAAACGAAAACCCUGAAGAAGAAAACGAAAACCCUGAAGAAGAAAAUGAAAAUCCUGAGGUAGAAAAUGAAAAUCCUGAGGUAGAAAACGAGAAUCCUGAAGAAGAAAAUGAAAAUCCUGACGCAGAAAACGAAAACCCAGAGGAAGAAAAUGAAAAUCCUGAGAUAGAAAACGAAAACCCUGAGGAAGAAAACGAAAAUCCUGAAGAAGAAAUCGAAAACCCCGAGGAAGAAAACGAAAACCCUGAAGAAGAAAAUGAAAAUCCUGAGGUAGAAAAUGAAAAUCCUGAGGUAGAAAACGAAAAUCCUGAGGUAGAAGACGAAAAUCCGGAUGAAGCAGAUGACAAACCGGAAGAGCCUGUAAACAAUACAAAAAAUCCAAAGAACAAAAAUAAACCUGAAAAACCAAAAAAUGAUGCUAAUAGUCCAAAAGGUACUAAAAACAAGCCUCAGAAGCCUGAAAAUGAUGAAAAACCUGAAGAGCCGACUGAAAAUGAACCGGCGGAACCAGCUGAAGAUGAAAAAAAUCCUGAAGAACCUACACUAGAUGAAAAAGAGCCAGAAGAUAGUGAAAUUCCCAAUGAACCUGUAAAUAAUACAAAAGCGCCAAAAGGUAACAAAAAUAAACCAGAAAAACCCAAAAAUAAUAACAAUAAACCUAAAAAACCUAUUGAAAAUGAAAAAGAGCCUGAAAAACCUUCUGAAGAUGACAAUGAGCCCGAGGAACCAAUAGAAGAUGAGACGGAACCUGAAGAACCAACAGAAGAAGAAGAACCCGUAGAACCACCUAAAAAUCAAAAACCUCAGAAACCAAAUACCAGCGUCAAAACUCGCCCAACUCCAAGACCACCUUCUCCCAAACCAAGCACUGACGUCAAAUCACGUCCACCCCAUCACCCAACUACAAGAUCACCUCCACCUUUUCCUAAGCCAAAGCCUACACCUCAACCCCAUAGACCAACUCGUAAACCAACACCUGCUCCCACCGAAAGCCCCGAAGUCGAAGACGAACAAGAACCCAAUGACGACGAAGUACCCGAUGAAGACCCUGUUACUGAACCACCAGCCGUUAAAGGCCCGAAACGACAACCUAGUGUAAAAAAUACCCCAAAACCUCCUUCAAGACCUCCGACGCCACCUAACCGAGGUACUCCACCUACCAAAACGAAUAAAAAUAAACCAAAAACCACUACUACUACUACUACACCUUCCCCUCCCGAUAACGACGAAGAAGAGCCUCAAGAUCCAAAUGACGACGAACCCACUUAUCCUGCCACUACUCCCAAACCUAAGCCUAAACCUAAACCAUCUUCCGGUACUAAAAACCGUCCACCGAAUCGACGACCACCCAAACGACCCACAACUACAACACCCGCUCCCGAAGACGAAGAACCCGAGGAACCUGAAAACCCUGACGAUCCUGAUUCAGAUCAAAGUCCAGAUUUUUCUCCUAGAUUUGGCGAUCCCGAUGAACAAGACCCUUCAGAUCCUUCCGAUUCUUCUUCUCCAUCAUCGCCAUCAGAUAAUCCAGCGUAUCCCCAAAAUCCGUUCCUGAAUCCCAAUAUGAGACCCGGUGGAUAUCCACAGUCACCAUUUGGUUUUGGUUCAGCAUCAAGUUUCGCUUCUGCCAACGCUAAUGCAGAAGCCGGGCCCGGAUCAUCGGCAAACGCCGGUGCAUUUUCAUCAGCAAACGCAGAUGCCAACGGCUUCGGUCCCAUGUCUGGACCAUGGCCUGACGCAUUCACAAAUAUGUUCCCCCCAAAUAUGAUACCACCAAACAUGUUCCCCAAUUUUAAUCUCCCUUAUCCAUUACAGAACACAAAAAAUCCCUCGAAUAACCCAAACUCUGGUACCAAAGGCAAACCUUCCGCUUCAACACCCACUAAAUCAAAUCCUAACUACACGCCCAUCAUCAGUAUUUCCGGGACUUUUGAUACGAAUGAUUCUUCUCCGCCACCUUCUGCGCAUAAAAAUCCUUUCUUGAGCGACCGCAAAAGCAGUGGUGAUAAUGGUUAUGGUUCUCCGCUAAACUCAAAUCCAUCGCCAAACUAUAACUCUGGAGCCGGUAGUUUCUCUGGCGCAUCAAGUUUCUCAAGUGCCAGCUCCAGUGCUAAUUCAAACGCCGGUGCUGGGCCUUUCGGCGGUUUUGGACCCUUCCCAUCGCCAUUCAUUGGCGGAAGAUUCGGCGGAAAUGAGAUCAAUGGAGCCCCAUCUUCCAUAGAUUAUGGGUUCGGUUUCAAUCCAUUCUUCAAUCAGCACAACGAUUUUAUGGAAAGAAUACAGUCACGAAACAGAGAAAUGCAGGACAGAAUACGGUCACAAAACAGAGAAAUGCAGGAGAGAAUUCAGGCCCAAUCACAAGGUGUCGGCUCCUGGGCGAUGGGGUCAGCUUCUGUGAGCGACCUCGGCUCACUGGACCCUAACGGUCAAGUCUAUACACGUACGCGCGUUACGGGUCCUUACUUGGUGAUGGGUGACAGAAUUAGUACCCAAUACCCCGGAGAUUACGAAGGCCAAGAUCAGUCUCCGUUUAGUCUAGAUUCUAGGUUUAACAACAUUCCGUUUGGUGGUGCCGGAAGUAAUGAUGGUAGUUCCUAUGCAUUCGGCAGCGCGAGUGCAGGAAAUCAAGGGAGUAGCCAAUAUGGUGGUAUUGGACCAGUCGGUCCUGGUAUAAGAUCACGAUUCAGUGAAACCCUACCACCUUCAGGCGGUAGUUCAUUCGGAACUUCCUCUAGUUCUAGUUCAAGUUCAAUGACGGGACCUGAUGGUAAACCUAUUACUAAACAAAGUACUAUGACUUUAAUAAAUGACAAUGGAAAAGUGACCAUGCAAGAGCUCCAUAGUCGUUAAAUAUUUUUCUUUAUUACUCGGAAAAAUUCAAUAAAAUGAAUUUUUUCAUUCAAGUAUUUCAACUCAUUUUUUUAAAUAUAUUUUUCACCUAUUGUUUUUUUUUGCUCGUUGAUAUACUUACUAUUAUUUGUUGACAAUAUAAUUAUUACCACAUUGACAAUUGAUUUAUUUAUUUUAAAACAAUUAAUUGUAUUAAUUUUAUUUUUUAUUAAUAAAUAAUUUCCUUUUGUCAUAAAUAU